AUGGCUGCGCCUAGUUUUGUGGCAUUGCUCGCCAUAAUCCCACUCCUACCAUUUUUCGGAUUAUGCGCGCUCAAGCUCUCAGUGCGCCUGGCGGGCCGGUUCCUCAAAUCUCAAGGCAGAGACAGACGGGCUGCAAUUAUUGCUAAAAUUGUUAAAGACAGAAGUGCGAUCUCUGAAGGGCAGCAUCUGUCAGUGGAAGCUGAUGACGGCUGGGAAAAGAUCGAAAGAACAGGCACGGCUGAGAAUGGCCAACCAUUUCGCAACACUUGGAGUGGCAUUGUCGGCUUCUUUCAUCCAUUCUGCAAUGCGGGUGGUGGGGGGGAAAGGGUCUUAUGGGCUGCUAUUGCGGCCACGCAAAGAAGAUGGCCUUCUGCUAUUUGUGCUGUCUACACCGGUGAUCAUGACAUCGAACGAUCCGUGGUAGUGUCAACUGUCAAGAACAGAUUUGAUAUCACAUUGCAGGAGCACUCGCUGGUCUUCAUAUACCUAUCGAGACGUCGAUAUGUCCUGGCCAGCACAUAUCCCUCCUUCACACUCCUUGGCCAAUCCCUUGGAUCCAUGGUUCUUGCUUAUGAGGCCUUUCAACUACUUGUGCCAGACGUUCUCAUCGACACCAUGGGCUAUUCAUUUGCAGUUGCAUUUUGCAAGUAUCUCUUCCCUGGUGUCCCAACCGCGGCCUACGUUCAUUAUCCAACCAUCUCAACUGACAUGCUCGAGAGCCUGGACGACAAGACUGGGGCAAAAGGAAUGCAUUCUGGCGCUGGGACAGGGCUGAAAGGCAAAGGCAAGAAAAACUACUGGCGCAUAUUCGCGUGGUUGUACGGUUGGACAGGAAGACAAAUCGAUGUUGUCAUGUGCAAUUCGACCUGGACUCAGGGCCACAUCCGCCAGUUAUGGAGACCCAAGCAAGACUCUUCCUCCUUUGCAGCUGUUGUCUACCCACCUUGCCCUGUAGAAGAACUCCAGUCGAAGGUCAAGGUCACGCCUGGAAGUGAAGGAGCACGCGGGGACAGUAUACUUUACAUUGCUCAAUUCCGCCCGGAGAAGAACCAUUCCCUCAUCCUGCGAGCAUUUGCCAAAUACUAUCACAGCUCAAAUAACAAGUCUAAACUGGUCUUGAUCGGAUCCGUCCGAACGAACACGCCCGACGAGAAGCACAUUUACAAGCUACGACUUGAAGCCCGAGAACUAAAGAUCAAUGACGCAACAACAUUCAUUUGCGAUGCUCCAUUUUCACUGAUCCUGCAACAUCUGCAGAAAUCGAGCAUCAUCACAAAUGGCAUGUACUCGGAGCAUUUCGGGAUCGGCAAUGUGGAGGGUCUUGCUGCGGGUUUGAUCCCAGUAGUGCACAACAGUGGUGGCCCCAAAUUGGACAUUGUCAUACCAUACGAGGGAGAAGUCAUUGGAUAUCUUGCAGAAUCUGAUCAAGAAUACGCCGAUGCUUUUCGGAAGGUCGCCUCACUUGAUGCGCAACAACGACAUGCAAUGAGAGUGAGGGGACGAGCCAGUACACAACGAUUUUCGGAAGCGGUGUUUGCGAAGAAAUGGAUAGAACAGAUGGAGACGCUUGUGCUGAUGGCGGAGUCAAAAAUGACCUCGCCAUGA